CGAGCAGUGGGCGCCCAGGGUCCGAGUGCUCUGCGCCCAGCGCACCGAGGGAGCCAAGGCCGUCGGGCCGGCGCUUUCAGCUGUCUCUCGCAGCAGCUCAGGGCCGCGCCCCCUGGGCUGGCGUCGUGCCCUGGCCAAGGAGAAGUUUCAGUCACGUGCCAGACUUUUUCUUAAUUACAAACUGAUAGAUGGUCCACAUCUCAGCUAACAGUAUUGACGCUGUAAGAGCAUCAGUAGGUAUGUAUCCAGGAAACCAAUUUUAUCCAGUUCCAGAGCUACGUGGUUUUCUACAUUCUGUUUCAAAAAGGCGCUAUUACUUAUCCUGUGCUUAUCGCUGUUCUAAGUAUUUUAUAACUCUAAAUGCAUUUCAUACUCACAACACCUCAGACAGAACAGGAUUCAAGAAUUACAAUAAAAGCACCAGGAUAUCUUUUGAAACACUGACUACUUAAGAGUUGCUCUAUUAAUGCCAUUUAACUUUCCUGAAUAAAACAAGAUAUUUCCAAAUGCCAAUUUGAAACAUAUCUGUAUUAAUGAAGAGUGACUGCAUGCAAACGACAAUAUGUCAGGAAAGAAAAAAAGAUCCCAUAGAAAUGUUUCAUUCUGGCCAGCUGGUAAAAGUCUGUGCCCCAAUGGUUCGAUAUUCAAAGUUGGCUUUUAGGACACUAGUAAGAAAAUAUAGUUGUGAUCUGUGUUACACACCAAUGAUUGUUGCUGCUGAUUUUGUCAAAUCUAGAAAAGCCAGAGACAGCGAAUUUACCACAAAUCAAGGUGAUUGCCCAUUGAUUGUUCAGUUUGCUGCUAACGAUGCAAGACUUUUAUCUGAUGCUGCUCGUAUAGUCUGUCCUUAUGCGAAUGGAAUAGACAUUAACUGUGGUUGCCCUCAGAGGUGGGCAAUGGCAGAAGGUUAUGGGGCUUGCUUAAUAAACAAGCCAGAGCUUGUUCAAGACAUGGUGAAACAAGUAAGAAAUCAAGUGGAAACCCCUGGAUUUUCAGUUUCUAUUAAAAUAAGGAUCCAUGAUGACCUUAAAAGAACUGUAGAUCUUUGUCAAAAGGCUGAGGCAACAGGAGUUUCCUGGAUUACAGUCCAUGGAAGAACUGCUGAAGAAAGACAUCAGCCAGUGCACUAUGAUUCCAUUAAAAUAAUUAAGGAAAAUAUGUCUAUACCUGUAAUUGCUAAUGGAGACAUCAGAAGCUUAAAGGAAGCAGAAAAUGUGUGGCGGAUUACUGGGACAGAUGGUGUGAUGGUUGCAAGAGGACUCUUAGCAAACCCGGCCAUGUUUGCUGGAUAUGAGGAAACCCCACUGAAAUGCAUCUGGGACUGGGUUGACAUUGCUCUUGAACUCGGGACUCCUUACAUGUGUUUCCAUCAACAUUUAAUGUACAUGAUGGAAAAGAUAACUUCAAGGCAGGAAAAAAGGGUAUUUAAUGCUCUGUCAAGCACAUCAGCAAUCAUAGAUUACCUUACAGACCAUUAUGGCAUUUGACUAGACUUCCCAAAUAAUUUUAAUAUAUACUUUUAGACCCACAGUGAAACCACAGAAGGUCAUAUUUUGUACCUUAAACCAGUAGCUCUCAAAUUUUAGUAUAAAAACAAUCCCUGGGAGCGUUUUUUAAAAAUCAGUUGUAGACACCACCCUCAGAGAUUCUGAUUAGGUAGAUCUGGAGUAGACCCAGAAAUACACAGUUUAAAGAAAACUCCCAGUGGUUCAAACAUCCUGAUCAUUCUAGGCAAACAUUGACAAAUACUGCUCUGAAUCCUGUUAUAUAGAUAUUGGGGGGAUGGGUAGAGUGGGAAUUUUUUCCUAAAGUAAUCAUGUUUUUAACAUUUUAAAAUAAAAUUUAAUACUAAGAAAUUAUGGCUCAUAGUAUCUAUAAAUUAACAAGAAGUAUGCAGGUGCAAAAAAGUGGUGGAACAAAUACCAACAUCCAUCCAAAAUGAAAAAGAACAGGAAAUUCUGAAUAGAAUUGCACUGAGAACUUAUAUUAAAAAUUCCAUUUGGUUAAUGACAUUAAAUUUGGUACAUUUCAAAACUUCUAUAUCCUCCAAAGAUUGAAAGCUUAAUAAUCUCCUACCUAAAAAGAUAAAAUUAACUGCAAUCUACCAUAUCUAAAGUAUAGGAAAUUUGGUGUCCAACCUGGAGAUGAUUAUAUAUUUGAAAUAUUUCCUAGAGAAUAGUAACCAGGUUUUGUUUUUAACUUUAAAACCUAAUUUUCAUACUCUGUGUUUAAUGAUAUUACUUUUAUGCCUCUCAGCCGUUGAUUGUAACUUUAAAGUCCCAUGGUUUUGGAGUGUUAUUAAUAGAUUUUGUUAUCGGUGGGCAUGCACUGCAAGAAUUAAGUAUCUCAGACUGAAAUAAAACCGUUCAUAAUUAAA